AUGAAGUCGUCCACCAUUGUCAGCCUUCUCACACCAGGCAUCGCAUUGCUUGCUUCCGGCCGCCUUGUGCCUAGGCAAAUCUGUUCCGAGCUCCCAGCGAACCCAGAGCCAGUCUCCGGAUCUCCUUCGUCUGCCUCGUCUGCCUCAUCGGCACCUUCUUCGAUCGCAGCGCCAGCGGCCGCUUCUUCCGCCACCUCCGCUCCGUCAUCUUCCGGUGUGCCAACCUCUUCGGCGCCAGCGACUGGCGGUUCCUGUGCUCUGCCGUCCAGCUACCAAUGGACGGACUUUGGCGGUCCGCUGGCGGAGCCCGCUAAUGGCUGGGUCUCUCUGAAGGACUUUACGGACUCCAUCGUCGACGGGAAACACGUCGUGUAUGCAUCCUACCACGACGAUGCCAACUACGGAUCGAUGGCCUUCUCGCCGUUCAGCGACUGGAGCGCCAUGGCCGACGCCACCCAGACGGCCACGACAGGCUUCUCGGCAGUCGCACCAACGCUGUUCUACUUCGAGCCGCAAGACACCUGGAUCCUCGCCUACCAAUGGGGCGCCACAGCGUUCUCAUACCGCACGUCGAGCGAUCCCACUGACCCAAGCGGCUGGUCCUCGGAGUCACCUCUCUUCAGCGGCACGAUAUCCGGCUCCAACACUGGCCCGAUCGACCAAACAGUCAUCGGCGACGAUGAGAACAUGUACCUCUUCUUCGCUGGCGACAAUGGCAAGAUCUACCGUGCUUCAAUGCCCAUUGACAGCUUCCCAGGAGACUUUGGUACAUCGGCCGAGGAGAUCCUCAGCGAUACCAGCAACAACAUUUUCGAAGCCGUGCAGGUGUACACUGUGCAGGGUCAGUCGCAAUACUUGAUGAUCAUCGAAGCUAUUGGUUCGCAGGGCAGAUACUUCCGCUCUUUCACUGCCAGCAGCCUGGACGGCGAGUGGACUGUUCAGGCCGGGUCGGAGGAUGCGCCGUUUGCUGGGAAGGCGAACAGUGGUGCGACUUGGACCAACGACAUUUCGCAUGGUGCGCUGGUUGUGGCGGCGAAUGACCAGACGAUGCCGAUCGACCCAUGCAACCUCUCCUUCCUUUACCAAGGCAAGGACCCAAGCGCCAGCACGUCCGACUACGACCUCCAGCCAUACCGUCCUGGCUUGCUCACCUUGGCCAACUGA